GUCAAUGGUAGUCGUUUUGGAGGGGUUGAAUCUUUCUUUGCGAAAACCAAAGAAAGUGACAGUUCUUCGGUAAGGCAGUCUAUGAGUUUAAUCCUUAAUCACUUCUUAACGGUGUUGCAUUGGUGCGCGUUACCGCUGGUUUUUGUGGUACUCAUUGGUACUCUCGAUUAUUAUCGUACAUCUGCGGCGCGAUUUUAACAGGACCUAAUUAACACUUCCAAAAGAAAUUUUUACUGGCACGGAGAUGACGAGGGUGAGGAUGCCCUGUGUUCGGUGGCUCACGUUACUGGCUUUAACAUCGUCCAAUAUAGUGUCUGGAAUUCAAUUACAAUCACUUGAUGUGCCUUUUAAUGGAGAAUCGGAAUGUGCAUUAAUUUUGGAAGGACCCGGAAAGAGCAGCAACUUUGAUUAUUCAUUAAACCUGUUAAGAGGCAGUUCACUAAACUACGACGGUCCUAAUACGUGUAUAACAUAUGAUGCGGUUAACUCAGCCUAUUUAGAUGCCCGAAAACGGAUACAUGUUGCUACACCUGAUGACGCUCACUUUAAGAAUGAAUACGUUGCUUCGGUGGGUGAACUGGUUUUUGAUAUAUCUUUGAACUUGGCAAAGACGUAUGGACUUAGUUAUCAAGAAAUCGAAAAAGGAUUGCCUUUGAUAGACACCAGCAAAACUUUGAUAAGAGACGUGUGUCCUGCCUAUUUGUCCAAUGUUGAGUGUAGAGCAGGAAAGUAUAGAAGAUACGAUGGUCUUUGUACAAACCUUGAACAUCCUACAUGGGGAGCAAGUCAUACACCGUUUACAAGACUUCUAGGACCAGUUUAUGCAGAUGGUAUCCAAGCACCACGUAUAAGUGUCACAGGAAGACCAUUGCCCUUAUCAAGAGUUGUAUCCAGAACAAUACAUCCUGAUGAAGGCUACCAUGACCAUGCAGGAACUGUUAUGAUAAUAGCAUGGGGUCAAUUUAUGGACCACGAUUACACAUUGCAAGGCACUCCGUUAGAUCCUCUUAACAAAAAUGACCCUGAAGAAUGCUGCAAUCGACCAGCCCAUCUUAAGCAUCCGUACUGUAACGAAAUUUACAUACCCGAAGAUGACUUUUUCUACAAACUCUUCAAAGUUAACUGCAUAGACUUCGUCAGGACAUUCCCAGCUCCACGUCCAGGAUGUAGGUUAGGUUCCAAGGUUCCCUUCAAUACACUUACCGGUGUUUUAGAUGGAAACACUGUAUACGGUGUAACGGAAUCCCAUGCCAAAAAACUGAGAUCGUUUAACGGAGGACUUCUAAGGAUGCACCCAGCGUUUGAACAUUUUGGCCUCAAGGACUUACUUCCAUUAAAGGUAGAAAUUCCUGACGAAGGCUGUACUAGACCUAAUUCUUCGAUGUAUUGUUUUGAAGCAGGUGAAAUUAGAGUAAACGAACAACUGGUCUUGGCCUGCAUGCAUACGCUGAUGGCACGUGAACAUAACAGAUUAGCUAAAGGACUAGCUGAAAUUAAUCCUCAUUGGGACGACGAAACUCUUUUCCAAGAAGCAAGGCGUAUCAACAUAGCUAUCAUUCAACAAGUUACUUACAACGAAUUUUUGCCUAUUUUGCUCGGAAAGGAUGUUAUGGAAAAGUUUGGACUAACUUUACAGAAAGAAGGAUACUGGGAUGGCUAUGAUCCCAAUAUUAAUCCAGGAGUUAUAGAUGCGUUUGCAGCUGCAGCAUUUAGAUUUGGUCAUUCACUAUUACCAACUGCAGUGGAGAGAUGGAGUAAGGCACACAAAUUUAUAUCUUCUAAACGUUUGUCGGACUUAAUCCGCCGUCCCUACGAUCUGUUCCGAGCUGGAGUAUUCGACGAGUACUUCAUGGGUCUGAUGAACCAAGUUGCCCAAGCUAUGGACGACUCCAUCACACAAGAAGUCACAAACCAUCUAUUUAAGAAAGCUGGAGCCAAAUUCGGUAUGGAUCUGGUUAGUUUCAACAUGCAAAGAGGUAGAGAGUUCGGACUUCCUGGGUAUAUGGAAUACAGAAAAUUCUGCGGACUUCCAUAUUCAGAUAGGUUUGAAGAUCUAUUCCACUCAAUGCCUAACGAGACUGUAAGAAAAUAUAGUUCAAUAUUUGAACAUCCAGCUGACAUAGACCUUUGGUCAGGCGGAGUAUCAGAAAAGCCUUUACCAGGUAGUAUAUUGGGACCUACCUUCGCAUGUAUAAUCGCCACGCAAUUCAGUUAUUCAAGAAGAGGAGACAGAUUUUGGUAUGAACUUCCCAAUCAACCAUCAUCGUUUACCCCAGAGCAACUCCAGGAAAUUAGAAAAGUUAGAUUAGCAAGACUUAUUUGCGAUAACACAGACCUAAUAGAUACUGUUCAGCUGUAUCCAAUGGUAUUACCAGAUCACGAAAUAAAUCCUCGUGUUCCCUGCAAAUCUGGAAUAAUCCCAAGCUUGGAUCUUAGCAAAUGGGCACAUUUUCCGCAAGAACAUGCAUUUCAGCUAAAUGAUAUUUUAGGAAAAUAGAAUUAUAACUUAGAUUUAAUGUAAAAAUAGUUGUACAGAUGCCAUUGUACUAAUUUAUUUAUUGAGCAAAUCAACCGAAUGUACUUACGCAGAAAAGAAUAUUUUUUAGUAUUAUUAUAUACCUAGAUAUUAUAAAACAGUGCCAACACCUAUGUCUAAUAUUAGUAACUAUACAAAGUGUUUACUUAAAAGCUCGUGUAUAGCUCAGAAUCUUGAAGUAAAAAUUUAAGAUUGAAACUUAGUGUUAUAAGUAAUUGUAUAUUUCUUUGUUACAUUAAAUAGUUAAAUUAUUUGU